AGAUAGAUAUUGCUUAUGAGUAGAAUGUCUGAAACAGCAAAGGAGACUGAAACAUCUGGAAAUGAUGAAAGGAAACAGGUGUUGAAAAGCAAGUGUCUACAUGAGCGUCGCAGGCGUGACCAGGAAAACGCCUAUUUUGAGGAGUUGGCAGAGCUGAUCUCGGCGAGCGUGACGGAUAUGAGCGCCCUCUCUGUGAAGCCCGAGAAGAGUGCUAUAUUACAGGAAAGCUUAAACAAAAUCAAACAACUCAAACAAGAGAAAGCUUCAUCAGACGCAGUUCAGCAAAGCCAGGUGUCCUCAAGCAAGCCCUCAGUCCUCCCAACUGAAGUCCUUGGUCCUCUGCUACUUGAGGCUUUAGAUGGUUUUCUUUUUGUUGUGAACAGUCAAGGGAAGAUAGAGUUUGUGUCUGAUAAUAUCACCGAGUACUUACAGUAUACUCAGGAUGAUCUGAUUGGGAAGAGUGUGUAUAACAUCAUACACAUUGGUGACCAUGACCAGUUUAACUACAGCCUGCUGCCCAUGUCACUGGGGAGUGUGAUAUCAUGGCCCAGUGAAUCUUCGCUAGCAAAAGGAAGAACAUUUAAUUGUCGCAUGCUCAUUAAACCCCCAUAUGAUGAGAAUGAUGAUGUAGAAACUAAACAGACGUAUGUGUCACAGUAUGAAAACCUCCAGAUAUCUGCCAUUUCACAACCCGGAGAAAAGUUUUCUGAGGGCUCGGAAAACUCAGAAGGGUUGUCGUGCCUAGUGUGUAUUGCACGACGCCUCUCCUUCAACGAAAAGACUAAUACCAUGCUGGGAAUUGAACAGUUUACAACAAAACAAGAUAUUAAUGGAAAAAUAAUCUCUCACGAUACCAGUGGAAUUGUACCCGGUCAUUAUUCCUGCCCUGAUUUUACUGGUCAAAAUGUUCAAGAUUUCUGUCACGUAAACGACGUUCAGACUUUGUCAAAGCAUUUCCAAGAAGUUUUGAAGACAAAGAGUAAUACCAGUAGUGUGUACAGAUUUAAAUUACAAGACAAUCGUUAUGUCUUUGUGCAAACACGUAGUCAGCUUUAUGAUAACGGAAACCAUGGAGACACAAGCUUUAUUAUGUCCACUCAUUCGAUUAUACGAGAAUGUGACUCUGACAUGGAGCUCAAAGGCUCAGCGUCCACAAGUUUAAUGAAAUCCAUUAUUGGGCAGUCAAACACUUUAGUGUCCAACAACCAAAGAGAGCAGAACUCGACACAUGGAUUACCAAACAAUAUUUCUCCAAUGGCGGUGUUAAGUGCUAUUAAUCAACCUUUUCAGAACACUAUAAGCCAAACUAUAGAGGAUGUCCACGAUCAGUUCGAUGCAUCCUCCAAUAGCUGGGACUUUUUAAGUGAUUCAACAUUCACUGGAAAUUCAGGGCUGGGAGGCUCUAACCCUGUUCCCCAUAACAAAAACAAUUUUACUACAGGAAAUUCUGCCAACCUGAAUAGUUGGCAUAACAUGCAGCCACAAGUGAAGAUGGGAAACUUGCAACAGCAGCAUCUGGUGCGGAAUGUUUUAAACAUGCAGCCACAGCCAAACUCUGAAAAGCAGAGGCAGCUGUCACUUAACUUUCCCCGUAGUAACUCUUUGGAAGGCGGAGGUCAGAAAAGUCCUGGAUUUGCCUCCAGUCCUAGCCCUAGAGGUAACCAGUAUCCCCCAUCAAGUCAACGUGGUAUGCAUGGUGCAGUGGGCUUCAACAGUCAGAGAAGCCCAGGGAAUAAUAUGGGACAGAAUCCUCGUAUGUCUCCUGCAUCAGGAGGAAUGGCAUACCCCAUGCAAAGAACUCCUCCUAUCUCAUCAGUGAGUCAGAAUUCAUGGGGGCGUAUGCAGCAUAGUGGGGGGCAAUUUUCAGCUCCUCAGACUCCGACCAGUAGCAUGAUGUCUCCACCUGCAGAGGGUCACCUUCAAGCCUUGCACAACAUUGGAGGAGGAAUAAGUCCCUCCAUGCGACGGUCUGGGGAAUUUACUUUUCCAUCCCCUUCUCGACAAGGUAAACUAAGUCAGCUGUUGUCUGGCAGCAACCCUGGUCCUGAUUUAUUUAAAAACAGCUCAAUGGAGUCUGUACAAUCAUCAAGUAAAGAACGGACAAGCACUGAUAGUGUGGUGACCAAAUCCCCAGCUGACAGCAUGCAUCAGUCACCGCAGCCCGGACCAGGUCAGAGUCCUCCUGAAAAACCGCAAAGCACCACAAACUCAGAUGAAUCUGAGAAAGAAGCACAGAAAAACGUGAUCCUGAAGCAGCUUCUGAGUACGGACGAUGACGAGGAGGAAUGCAAUGAAGCCGCACCUACAGAGGAUACCAAGGCAACCGAGAACAAGGCAGACAUGGAGAAAAAUGAGGCCGAGCCAAAGAAACCAUCUAAUGCCCUGCUGAAGAAGUUACUCAGCGAUGAUGGUGAGAAGAAAUCAGAUGGUAAAGGCAGAGAUCGCUCACGACAGCCCUCUGGGGACCUGUUACAGAUCCUCCUCAAUGAGGAAGAAAAUGGAUCCUCCCCAGUCAUAGCUACUGCUGAGAGUACUAGUCAUGAAAAUGAUCUUUUCUCACGUCAGCGGCAUCAGUCAGGGCCUCAAGAACCUCAGUCAACAACGCCAUCUACCUCUGUACCUCAAUCCGGACUGCCUCCAUACUCCCAGGAUCAUCGCUCGGCAUCAACGACAGCAGUCAGCUCUGCUAAUGAUGCUGGCAAAAAGCCAGACGCACUGAGUUCUAUACUGGAAUGUCUUUGGGACAAAGCAGACACAGAUCCAAUCCAGAGACCUAAUAAUAGGAAGCGAAAAGCAUCUGGUGCAGAUGGUAGUGUUGAUAGCACAGACAUGGAACUGGGCAUGCCCAGCCAACAAGUGAAGAUGGUCAAUAACUCUAGAAAUAAGAAUGUAUUGCUUGCUCAGUUGUUGUCAAAACGGACCCCAAGUGAGGCUGUGGUGAAUACUGGAAGAUUAUUGGUGAAUAGUGACCCAUGCGAUACCCCACAGAAUCGCAUCAAUAUACAUGAUAAACAGCUAAGUCUGAGACCCAUUGAUUCAAAGCGAUUAUCAACAGAGAAGGAAAAGGAAAGUCUUAAAGACGGAUUACAAGGGUUCCAGACUUCAAAUCAGUUUGGAAGUAUGGAGACCUCUGUGAAAACUAGUAUAGGAAACUUAAAUGUUGCAACUAGCAUGCACACUUCUGUAAAUACAAGUGUAUUCAAUGGAAAUAAUGUUUCAAAUUCUGUGUCUUCAAUGUCAAGUGACUAUGAUGAACUUCAAAAAAUCUUAGGAGGAAUGGGGUCCAACAAUGGGAAUAAUGAUUCUAUGUCAAAUCCCAUCUCUGGGAUGGAUAUGGAAGCCUCAGGGACACCAGACCCAUUGUUGGCGGAAAUUCUGAAGCAAGCAGCAGACUUGGAGCAAGAACACAUAAAUGUACUUCAUGGAAGCAACAGUAUGCCUAAUCUUGGUCAAGACAUUAGCUGCAUCCCCCAGAGUGGAAGCGACAUGCACCCUGUGCCAUCAUCGGAAGACCUGCAGUUGUUAUCACAGUUGGAACAGGUGAUACAAGAUCCAAAUUUUAACAUUGGGUCCAUAUCUGGACUCGAUCCAGAUCCACAACAGUCUGAUGACCGUGCAGCCAUCCGCAGAAUUCAAAACCAGUUGAUGAGUGAGGAUCCCUUCCCAGGAGGGUCAUCUAUGGGACAGAUGAACAAUAUGGGACAAAACCACACCUCUCAGGCUCCCAUCCCACAACAGAACAAUUUUGGGAUGGUCAACAACCAGCAACAUCCAAUGUCAAGUCCUAUGGGGGGUGGGAGCAUUGAUAUGCAGUUCCAGCAUAUGCCCAACCAGCAGUCUCCACUCCCCACCCAGGCUGGGCCACGUUUCCCCCAGGGGCCCCCAAAAUUCCUUCCUCAAGGACCUCGACACACAAAUCCUCAAGGAGGAUCCCUUACCAGUGCCUUACAGGGUGGAGGCCCACAAACACAGAGACCCAUGGGAUUUCCCUCAAUGGCUAGUCAAGUUAGGCAGUCUCUCCUUCAACAGCAGAAGCUGAAGCAGCUGAGGGAGCAACGCCAAGCUGCUCAGCACCAAGAGAGGCAACGGCAGUUAAUGCAACGACAACUUAGUCAACAGUUCAACCAGAGAUUUCCUCCAAACAUGGAGAACACGUCCUUGCAGCCUUAUACAGAAAGCUUGAACGACCUUCUGAACAGUGGAUCAGCUCCCAACGUCACUCUGCAGAGGAACCAGAUCCCAGGUCCAAUGUCCCCUAGGUUUAGUGGAAUGCAGCACCAGCAACAACAUCCCAACCUCAGUCAGCUUAUCCGACCGGGACCCUCCACCCCCAACUCCCAGAUGUCACCCCACUUCAAUCAGCAACCCCAGAAUCAGUGGAACAUGAGGCAGCAACAGCCGCAGCAACCGGCCAUGCAGAGCCCGAUCAGCAGCAACGUACCUAAGUCAAACCCUCUGUUGAUGAAUCGUCACCGCUCAUUCUCUGGAGGGACAAUGACCAGUAAUAACCAGGGCGGUCACUUUCAGUUCCCUGACCAGAUGGGUAACUCGGGACAGAUGGGUCUACUCCAGCAGCAGCAGCAGCAGACAAUGAUGGCCCACAACAGGGUGAUGAGGCAAAUGAGCCUCCCUCCAGGCCAUGCUUCUUCACCAAGGGCACCUGCUAGUCCUUUUGGGAAUAGUCCAGAUCCUCUCUUAAUGUCCCCUCACUCCAUAUCCCCUCGCCAGAACCCCCAAACCAGUCAGGUCAGCCCGCCAUUUAAUCAUGCCUCUUCAAUGGCCAGUUCAGUCAUGCCACAGACAUCAAUGGCAAACAGUCACCCAGGCAUGAUGAGUCAGCAGAACUCGGUGUUUCAGGACUAUGAUAUGUUAGACAGUAAGCCCAUGCCGAUGCAGCAGAAAUCAACAUCACAGUAUGUAAAGGAGGAGCUUAGAAAUAUCUGUAACGCCCGAUCAGAGAAGCAGCUUCAGCAGCAGCAACAACAGCAACAGCAGCAACAGGGGAUGUCACAUGCCCUGCCCCCACACCAACCCCCCUCCUCCCAGGCUGCCCCCUCCACCCCCCAGUCACAGAUCUCGUCAGAUUACAGUGAACUCCCUAACUACAUCAUUGAGCAGAUAAGCGAAAUGCAGCAAGAGCACCAGGCGAAGUCAGAAUUUAAUUUCGACAAUUACAAGGAAGAUGACGUGUUAGCUGUAAAACGACAGGAAGCCAAAGAAAUUUAUGAGCAGUUCAGACAACUCUCAGAGAAAACGGAAUUAGUAAUACCAGAGAACCCAGAAAUAAAGGCGACAGCUGUGUUUCGUACACAGCUCAUGAAUCCCCAAAAUGCCGACAGCCCUCAUCUAGCCAUCCCCGAUGAUCUUGGGCGCCUUAAAGCUGACCAAGUCCAAGUGGUCGCUAAGGAACCAAGGGGAAAUAUAGAAGAUAUUAAACCUGCAGACCACAGCAAGAAUAGUCUGCUUCAACAACUCUUGUCUGAAUGACAUAGGGCCCCCCGUAUAGGAAUAAUGUCACCAAAUGUGUAUAAUGAAAUUCAGGGAUAACAAACCUUGGGUGCCUGUAAGGCACGAUAAAAAUGGCCAGUGUUAAAUGCCCAGAUCUCUACAGAAGAUCGUCAUGGUAACAAGGCUGUGAUGAGAAAAAAAACUAUGAUCUCAAUUUUAUUUGUUGGACCGCUAGACCAGGAAUGGCAGAUUCUUUUUCUAUUUUCAUUUUCUGAAGUGACUUGUGAAGGGCGUGAUAUUUUUGUUCUGGAGAAAGACUUGAAGCACAAAGUGCCUGCCAUAUUUAACAUCCAGGGAACUAACUCACGUGACUUCUGAUUAUUACCUGUAGUGAGCAUGCUCCAAGAUGGGAGUUUUACAAUGGACCGUCAUACGGCAGUGUUUUAAUAGAUAUAAUCUACAUAUGGUUGUUCUGAAGAUAAAAGACUUGUGAACAUUGAAUUUUGGCCUCUAUAUUUUUGUAGACACAUUAAAUGACUCUACCACAAGGCUGUUUCCUCAGAGAAACUAUUGGCCUCUCAGAGGAAUCGGAUUUAUUUUUAUCCACGAGUAUGGAGUGGAUCUAUUUUUAUCCACUACUGUGGAGUGGGUUUUAUUUGACGGGUAACAUAAAAAUUAUAGUCCCAUAUUGUUGUACAUGGGACUGAUGGACUUUUUGUUAAAGAGACACAGAUUUUAAUGUUGUUUUAUUCACCGUUAUAAACUUUGUGUAUCCUUGAAUAUUGUGUAUGCAUAAUGUUUAAGAUAUCUAUAGUUACAUUAUAUUGUUUUGACUUGUCACAGUGAUAGCCAACACAAACUUUAUCAUCAGAUAUAGGAAUCUAUAUAAUUGUUGAAAUGAAAUGGACUUGUACAUGUUGUGAAUGCUGCAUAAUGUAAUUUGUUGAUUAUUGUAAGUACAUUGUGUAUAUAGAUUCUGUGUACAGGAAUUCAGAUGGACUUUGUGAUGGUACAAGAUGUUGUUUAAUGGUUCUGUAUGUCAGAGGAAACGCUGGAGGGAAAGGCAAGAGUUAUGUCCCUUCAUUUGCCUUAUUUGGGUGAGGGCUACUAUUCUUGACCUUGACCUUUGUAAUUCUGGUGGUGUAAAUGCAUAACAAUUCAUUUUUUGUAAAUAUGUACAUUUUCAACUGUAUAAGAUUUCAUCGCCUGAUGUUUUUUUCAUUGGACACAUUGCCAUGGGAAUUCAUUCUUACUUUGAUGUUGUUAGAUCAGUUCAUGUGUAGAAACUAGUGUCAGUUGUGUACAAAUAUUUUUAUUAUGAGGCAUAUUUUCAGACUAGAAGGGUGACAUUUUGGUUGUAUGAAAAAUAAGCGCAUCAAUUUAUCCCCAUGAUUUUACAUGAGGAGACUUGACCAAGUUGAGUUCCCACUGAAUGUAGACACCAGUGAUUUUUAAACAGAAGGCCUUUUUUUCGUUAUUUCAUAGCUUUGUGUUCUGUCAAAAAAAGUCAAAUUUCAAUCUAAACCAUACAGUUGGUUUCACUAAUCUUAUGUGCAAUGUGGUCACUGUCCAGUUUUUUGAGAUAUUUACGAGCUAAAAUUUUUACUUACUAGUAUUUAACUGUACUACAUUAUAUAUUGGGAAAGAGCUUGAUACAUGGAAUGAUAAUUUGUGAACCAAAAUUUGGAAAGCAUGAAACAGAAUUUGUUAAGAGGUAAUUUUUUUUAAAGAGUUGUGUGAAUUUUGAAAUCAAAAUGUUUGCAGUAGAAAUUUAGAGAGCCAGAUAAUUUUUUUUUUUUUGAAACGGGUUGAUAUGAUUUGCUCAAUUUUUUUAAAAGUCCAUAGCUAUGAAAACAUAGGGUGACAUUUUUUAAAGUUGUUUUAUUAAGAUUUCAUAGUUGGCAUUUUCUCAUAUCUCAACUAUUACCUGGUUAGUAGGGAGAUGCACACUUUUAAUAAUGGCCUUUUCUCAUCAUCUCCUAUUAUGCACACAGAAAAAAAAAAUUGAGGUGCCCUUUAUGCAGUAGGGUUCGCCCUUGACUCUUUCAACUUUUCCAUUCUGGUGAUGUUAAUCAAUCAAAUUUACUCCUUUUAUAUGGAUAAGUCAAAACUAAGAAGACAAUUUUAGUUAUAUGGUGAUGCUUCAGUCAGUACCCGGUGAUAGACACUUCUUAAUUAUUCCAGUUUGUUUCUGCGAAAAUUAGGCUGCAUAAUCAUCUCAUUGCUUCUUAUUAUAGACAUGUUAACAAAA